ACAUUUAUAAAUAACAAUAAUUUAAACCUGCAAAUUGUAAUUCAAAAAAUCAACCUGGAUCAAAAAAUGUCUGUGAUAAAGCGACCAACGACAGUCCGGUUCGAGUGGGAGGCAAAAGAUAUUUUCCAGCCGAUGAAGUGGAUCUACUCGGACCAGUUUUUCAUGGACGGAGUGAACGACGUGGCCUUUAACCUGGGACUGAGAGUGAACAACACAGGGUACAUCGACGUGCGAGUGAUGAAAGGCAACCUGGAGCUAGCCGACGCAACAGUGGAGAUCACAAGCAAAGAAGGACCUUGGAAGCGAGAGAUCAAGGUGAACAAAUGGAAGAACCUGUGUGUGAUCAACGACUUCAUGAAGAAGCCAGUUACUUACGAGGAGGUGUACAUAAACGGGCACUACUCGUACGUCUACACGGUGAACAUCAUGUGCAAGAUCCUCUGGAACGGGUUCAUCGACGACGAGCGGCUGACCCGGAUGGACGACACGAACUUCUUCGAGGACCUCCGGAAGUUCCACAAGUCCCAGCUGUUCAGCGACGUCACCCUCACCAUCGAGGGCCACGACCUCCCGGCGCAUAAAAUCAUCCUCGCGGCGCACAGCCCGGUCUUCGCGAAGAUGCUCACGGCGGACACCCGGGAGGUCAAGAACAGGAUCAUCGAGAUCAACAACAUCAAGGCCGAGUCUCUGGCGGACAUGCUGACCUUUUUUUACACCGGCAGGUCCAAGGCUGUUGACAAUGUCAACAGUGCUCUCCAGAUGCUAGAGGUCGCUAAUAUCUACCAGGUCAACAAGCUCAAGUGUCUCUGCGAGACAACCCUCCUCAGGCUCAUGACUGUUGAUAAUGUCCUGAGAAUUGUUGAUGCUGCUGAUGACUUCAACGCUAUCAGGCUCCGCGAGGACGCGCUUACUUUUAUGGCUAAUAAUAAGGACAAGAUUGUAGAGCUUCCUAAUUUUAAGGUUCUAUUUUUUAAGAAGGUUGAACUUAUGUAUGACUUCAUGUGCUCUCAUGAGUCCAAACGGAUGAAACUCACUGUUGACUGAUAGGUUUCAGAUAAAUUCAUUUUGUUUUUUGGUUUGGUAAAUAUGCUGGUUUUGGUAUAACAAAUUAUGAUAAAAAAAUAUAUAUAAUUAAGAAAUUACCUCGUAUCUUGUGGACUUUUGAUAUU